AUAUUUAUACCUCUACUUAAUAUAUGGAUUUUUUUUUUUUUGAUAUAUGGAUUUUAUUAUAUACGUUUUGGUAUUCUUAAAAGCUUUUAAUUUCCUUACGUUAUAUAUUGGUUGUAAGUUUUGUAACUAGUCCAAAAAAGAGAAGCAAAGCACUUAACUCGUCGUAUAUAUGUCAAAUGUGUUAUCGAAUAGGGCCAACUGACCAAGUCGCCAACGACGCCAAGAGAUUCUAGUUUCAGUCUCUACACCAAGUCUUGUGAACAAAAAACUAUUUCCUAAUUUGUUUCUCUCUUAAAAAAAAAAACAAAUCAAAUGUUGUACACCAACUUUAAACUCAUCCGAAUUUAACUAAAAAUCUUAAUUUGAUUAACUGACCGGAUUACACAAAUCGAAAUAAUAAGCCCAAGAGAGACAUACAAAUAUACAAUCAUUCGGCCCAACUAGUCGAGGAUGUUUACGACAUCGUUUUUAACGAAACGUCCACGUGGAUUUGUUUCUUCCUCGCGAUUGAAAAAGGGCGUAAACCCUAAUUUCCCAAAAUCGCACCCCAGACCACACACAGUCAGAGAAACACAAGUAUGAAUCUUCCAUCAUCAACACAAACAACAACGACGGCGACGUCAACCUCGCCGUCUUCCGAUGCAUCGGAAACCAAUUUAACAGAAAGAUGCGACGAUUGCGGAAGCCGAGACUCCUGGGUGAUACACACAGUGCGUCUCCGCGGCACUCUCCGCUACUUCUGCACACAUUGCCUCCUCCGCAACCAUCCGACGUCGUUUUGCCCCAUCUGCUUCGGCUUCUACGAUUCAUCCCCGCCGCACACUUUCCGCCGCGUCGCUUGCUCCAAUUCCAAGUGCCACUCCUUGACUCACAUCCACUGCGCCGACGAAACCAAACCCGCUUCUUCCUACCUCUCCAAACCCGCUUCUUCCUACCUCUGUCCUCCUUGCCGGAACCCUAAUUCAUUCUCCUUCUUCCGCCUUAUCGUCGACGAAAACGGCUCUCGCUCAAUCGACAAAUCUCUCUCCGAAGCCUUCUUAUGCGCCGCCAAGAUCGCUGCUUCUUCAAUGAACAAGGCUGUUAUCGCAGCCAAGUGUGAUGCUGACCGGAGAGGAAAAGAAGCUGCUUUGGCGAGGAAGAGAGCACGAGAGGCUCUUGAGCAUGUUGUGACGCUCGACGCCAAGGAGAAGGCAAGAUCGGUUGUUCCGAAGCUUAAAGAAUCUUCCGUUGAUCGAGUCAUAGAUCCUCAGAAACCAAAACAGAGUCCUGCAUCUAAUAAUGGUACUACUGUGAAAGAAACAGAGAGCUCUGCUGCUACUACCACCAAGAACAAUGGAGGAGGAGGCACAGAGAAACAGAAUCCUUCAACGCAAUUAGCUAUAGUUAAGCAAGAAGAUGAUGCUUCUAGAUGAAAUCCGAUGUUUCUUACAAGCAAAGCUGAUUCCUGAUUCGGUCUCAAAUGUAGAUUGUUGUAAGUUUAUCUCACUAUUUUGGUUUUGCUCAUGUUAUAUCUCGAUCGUUUACUUACAAAAUGUGUAGGAAUCUUUGGAACUAAAUGAAAUUGUUGAUUUGUCAUAA